AAUCAGGUACCGCAUACAUAAAUGCUGUUUUUUAUGGUCGUAAAGCAGACAGUGAUAAAGAUAAAGAUGGUCCCAGUUCAAGUAUGUCGUCCAGCUCAAAUGGCUGCACGGUGCCAACAAAUACCCGCAAACAUAUUCUGCAAGUCUCAACGUAUCAGAUGUGUGUUUUAAUGCUUUUUAAUAAUCGUGAUGUAUUAACAUAUGAGGACAUACAACAAGAGACAGAUAUCCCUGAACGGGAAUUGGUGCGUGCACUUCAGUCUUUGUCUAUGGGAAAACCAGCGCAGCGACUUCUGGUACGGAACUCAAAAACGAAGACAAAAGAUAUCGAUCCAACAGAUGAGUUUUAUGUAAAUGAUGCAUUCAUUUCUAAGUUCCAUAGGUCUGGACCACAAAUAUUGCAGUUGGGUCUGAAAAUUUCUGAAUUACCAUCACUUUCAAUGUCCAGCACAAACAACCGAUAUUACGAUUAAAAUAUUAAAGCUUCUGAAGAACCAGUUCAGUAGCUUAAGGUAUUCCGCCCAUUACGCGCAUAUUCAGAGUAGUUUCUGCACAUUUGCGCGUAAUCGAGAAAUCCAUCGUUGUUACGGGACAAAUCCCCAGUAGAUAAUUUCAGGAGUUAAAA